UUUGAACUUCUGAACUUGCUGAAAAUGAUCGUUUCCUGCGACACCUCCUUGUUGACCGAUAUCCCCCUAAACUUCAUCUCCUAAUAUUUCCCCCUUUUCGCCUUUGCGCCCACCCUCUACCUACGCGAAUAUGGACUUGGACGAAGCGCAGAUUCUCCUGAAGUCGUGGCUACGAUAUGUCGUUACAACCUUUCAGAAAUUGCCUGGGUCCGCUGUCCUUGUUCGUUACGUCCAGUCAAGCUACCAGAACGACCCUAUUCGCUCCGCGAUAGAAUUAAUACUGGUUAUCUUCUUCAUUCGAUAUCUCCUGUCUCCCUCCUACUCUACUCAGAAACAAAAUUACGUGAAACUACGCGACGACGAAAUUGACGAACUAGUCUACGAAUGGAGUCCCGAGCCCCUGGUUGCGCCUCUUACUGCGUUUGAGGAGGUAGAGGCUGAAAAGCUGCCCGUCAUCGUUGGGCCUACGGGACCGAAGUCCAAGCUCAGCAAUGGACGGACAGUGACGAAUCUUGCAACCUACAACUUCUACAACUUCAACGCCAACGAACAGAUCAAGGAGAAGGCAAUUCAGACGCUGCGCACAUACGGCGUUGGCCCUUGCGGCCCGCCUCAGUUCUACGGGACGCAGGAUGUUCACAUGAAGACCGAAGCGGAUAUCGCCAACUACCUCGGGACUGAGGGGUGUAUCGUAUACGCCCAGGCCUUCUCGACCAUAUCGAGCGUCAUCCCAGCCUUCUGCAAGCGAGGAGACAUCAUUGUCGCCGAUCGCGCCGUGAACUACGCGAUCCGCAGGGGCCUCGAGAUUUCCCGUAGCAGCAUCAAAUGGUAUCAGCACGGCGACAUGGAUGAUUUAGAGCGUGUCAUGCUGAAAGUGGUCAAGGACCAAGCGGGAAAGAAGCUGACCAGGCGCUUCAUUGUGGCCGAGGGGCUUUUCGAGAUGACCGGCGACAGCGUCGAUCUGCCCAAGUUGGUGGAGCUGAAGGAAAAGUACAAGUUUCGCAUCAUCCUGGACGAGACUUGGUCUUUUGGCACCCUCGGACGGUCGGGGCGGGGCUUGACAGAAGCCCAGAACGUCGACCCAACUCAGGUGGACAUGAUUGUUGGGUCUCUGGCCGGUCCUCUCUGUGCUGGCGGAGGAUUUUGCGCUGGGGCCAAGGAUGUUGUCGAGCAUCAACGCAUCUCAGCCGCCUCAUACACCUUCUCGGCUGCGUUACCGGCCAUGCUUGCGAUUACCGCAACUGAAACGCUGAGCCUGCUGCAGUCGAACCCGGACAUCUUGACGCAGUGCCGUGACAACAUCCGAGCGAUGAGAGCUCAGUUGGAUCCUCGCAGCGAUUGGGUCACAUGCACAAGUGUACCGGAAAAUCCGAUAUUGCUCCUGGUACUUAAGCCCGAGGUGGUGAAGGGGCGUAAUCUGUCCAUAUUGGGCCAAGAACGCCUCUUACAGGAGUGCGUGGACGAGGCUUUGGCCAACGGGGUCCUCAUCACGAAACUGAAGACAAUGCCUUUGCUGAACUACGUCGGGUCCCAGAGUGGCGGAUGGCAAGUGCAACCUGCACUUAAGGUAUGCGUGACAUCAGGACUCUCCAAGAAGGAAAUAGAAAAGGCCGGGAUCACCAUACGCCAUGCCAUCACCAAGGUUAUGACGCGGAAAUCCAGUGCGCGGACCGGGUAGGUUCCCUCUAGAGACCUGGGCGUAUGAAGCGUCCUCCGGCGUGAGUCCUAUCGGUGUCAUUUUUGCCGGGAUGGGCAUGCUUGCCCGGAACUCGGCGCCGAGUGCCAAACCCAGGUCGUCGGUUUAGGGAACUCGCCCGUUCCGUUUCAUCCUCUGCCCUUGAGUUAUCGCGGCAGUGGCUAUUGGGCCUGGAUGGGCACUAUUUCUGGGUGUCAGGGGUAGAGGCGGGUCAAUGGAAAGGACAUACACGGCAUGGCAAUAGAUUAUUUGAGCGACUCGGGGUGGGGUGUUGCCAGGAAGAGGGUACUUUGUGUGUAGUUAGAGACAGCUCUCAUUCGCGUUGCGCGAUCGUGCUCCGGUCUCCAGGGGUAGGUGUGAUACCGCCUCCCUUGAGCAUCGAGAGGGAUUUCCAGAGGCAUAUUAUAGACAGCCUUAUUAAUGAUAAUGGUUCCACGCUGAACCGCCGCUUCUUCGGCA